AUGAGCGAGAUGAACUUGGACGGCAGCGAGGCGGCUCCCACGGCGGCGCAUAUUUUAGGGGAUGCCCCAACGGAAGGCGCGGAGGCGCAGGCGGUCACAGCGGGGGCGGGUCAUGGACAGCACCAGGCCCAGGAAACAAACGCCUCUCCUGAGGACACCACCUCCUGGUCGGACCUAGGCACUGACGACCUCCACGGCGACGUCGUCGUCGUCGCGCCUCCCGCGACGACGACGCAGCCGGCCCCGGCACUCUCCGAGCUCGCCGCGGAGCGCGACGCCCUGCGGGAGCGACUCCUCGCGGUCACCGCGGAGCGCGACGUCCUGCGGGAGCGACUCCUCGCUGUCACCGCGGAGCGCGACGAGCUGCGCCCGCGCCUCCCCGCGGAGUACGUCGUCGUCCGCGCCGACGAGGCAUUGCGCACGGUUCACGUGCUCCGGCGCUACGGCUCCUUCACCGCGGCGCAGGACCUGCGCCUGCGCCUAGGCGCGUUCGACGACACGGACUGGCUCGUUGCGGGCCUCGCGGCUGAGCGCGACCCGGACGCGCCGGCGCGCUACUGCGGCACCGUGUUCCGCGACGAGUAUAUAUACCUCGACGUGCGUCCGGCCGCGGAGGACGACGACGCCUCGGAGCUCACCGCGGACGAAGACGACGAGCUCGCGGUCCAGGACGACUGGCCGGGCGACGUCGUCGGCGCCGCCGCCCUCGUACUGCUGGCAGCGAUGCUGGCCGGGUGCGCCGUCGCGCGCCGUAGGUAGGCAGCUAUCACGGA